CGAUGACGCGGUGGGCCCGUCCUCAUUCUACGAGCAGCACCCCGGCUACACUAACCACGUAUCUGUGCUGCCGCUGCCCGAACGCCGUAUCCCUUUGCCCAUUGAUAGACGCGCCCCCCGUAUUCUUUCUGAACCGCAGCGCCGGCAUGUUGCGAUAGACACAGCGGAGUCAGCGCCGCAACCCCCUCGACCGCCUGCGACCCGCGACCCAGCACACAUCGACGUCUGCUGCGGCCCCCGGUAGCCCCCGGCUCGAGCCUCCGCCGGGCCUCAUGGCCAGCUCCUUCGAGAAGAGCGUGAAGGGCGGGACCAAGAUCAAGCUUGCGGCCCCGAAGUCCAAGUAUGUCGAGCACAUCCUCGUCGCGACCCAUGCAGGCGAGGCAGGCGUCGCCGAGAUCUUUCGCGCCCUCCAGAACCGCCUGCGCGACUCGACAUGGACCAUCGUCUUCAAGGGCCUGAUCAUCGUGCAUCUUAUGAUACGCGAGGGCGAGCCCGAAGUCACCCUGAAGUACCUGGCGCAGAACCCGCACCGCAAGCUCGCGAUCAAUUCGUUUACAGAGGUGCAGACCCAAGGCCACAACAUCAGAACAUACACCGAGUACCUCCUCCGACGUGCCAUUGAGUAUGGCACCACCAAGGUCGACUACGUGCGCGGCGGCGAAGGCCGUCUCAAGCGAUUGACCGUCGACAAAGGCCUGCUGCGGGAGUGCGAGAGCGUUCAGGAGCAAAUUAGAUAUCUGCUGAAAUGCCAGCCAUUCGACGAUGAGCCGGAAAAUGAGAUCACACUGACUGCAUUCCGACUGCUCACUAUGGAUCUGUUGGUCUUGUUCCACGUUAUGAACGAGGGUGUGAUCAACGUCCUAGAACACUACUUCGAGAUGUCGAAACCUGACGCGACCCGCGCCCUGGCUAUCUAUCGAACGUUUGCAAGGCAGACUGAAUCGGUCGUCCAGUACCUUAGCUUGGCUCGCGCACACGAGCAUUCGACGAGAUUAGAGAUCCCCAAGAUCAAGCAUGCUCCGACAAGUUUAGCAGCAUCACUGGAGGAGUACUUGAACGACAAAGACUUCGAAAUCAACCGCCGCCAGUACAUCGCAGAAAAGGACGCCAAGAAGAGUGGAGGAAAGGCCACGAACGGGGCCAGCAAGGCGGCAGAGCCACGACCAACGACAGCCAGCCAGCCGGUGAGCCAGCCCGCUGUCCAGUCACAGGCAGCACCAAAUGUCAACGCCAACGCCCCUCUCAUUGAUCUGUUCGCUUCCCUGGAAGACAAUCAGCAGACCAUGGCUACACAAGCUCCGAUGCAGCAGCAGUACCCACAACAGACAGGUUUCGACCCAAGCUUUCAGCAGCAGGGUUUCCAACAACCGCCCUUCCAGAUGCCUCAGCAGACGGCCAAUGACAUGGCUUUCGCUCCACAGCAGCAGCAGCAGCAGCAGCCUUUCAUGCCACAAAACACACAAGGCACCAAUCCCUUUGGGAUGCAACAGCAACAGCCGCAGCAGCAGCAUCAAUUACAGCCGCAAUUCACUGGCGCAGGAUUUGGUGGCUACACGCCUCAGCCUUUCAAUCCGCAAAACAGUCUUGCGCCAAUACCCCAGAACGGCAUGCCAGACUUUUCGCAGCAACAGCAAAUGCAGAUUCCCACCAUUGCUGAGCCACUGCAACAACAGCCAACGUCGACCAAUCCCUUCCGUCAGUCUAUGUUACCAAGCAUGACGGGCGCGGCCGAGCCGAAGUUGUUGAGCAACCCCACCGGUGCAAGUUCACUUGGUCGCUCUGCGACCAACCCAUUCGCAAAGCAAUCGCCAGGCUUUCAACAGCAAUCGCCCCCACCGAUGGGUUCAUCUCCGUUCGGUGCCCCGUCUUUCCAGGCAUCGCCUUUCGCGCCGCCACAGCAAGCACAACCGUUGCAGCCAACGCCGACAGGCACAAACCCGUUUGCGAGGAACCCUUCUCCACAGAAUGCCACGAGUCCACCAGGAGGUCUCACAGUGAACGCAACCGGGAGUACAAAUCCUUUCAGGCAGAGCGCAUUUGUCAAUCAACAAACAGGACAAGGCUGGCAGAACACCGGCGGCGGCACAAUAGGAGGGAUGAGUAUGGAUCAAGUGCCUACACAAAGCGUGUUUCCGCGACCCGGGCAACAGCAACAACAGAAUUUCCUUGGUUAGUCACCGCGUCGCGCGUGGUGCGAUGGCGGCAGUGUGAUCGUUCUGCGUAGGGAGAGUAAUGCGGUCAUGUGAUGGAGAUCACUCCUGCUAUGGUAUGCCAUGCUACGGCAGGUAUGGCGUUGGAUUUGAACUCGUUUCGUAAUUACCUGAUAUUGUUCCUGAAGAUACACCUGCAUCGAGCUGCAACAGCGUGCGGCAACCGGACAAGAGACGGACCAGAGCGCUCGUGGAUGGACGAGCCGACCUUAGGGAACUGGGAGGGCUCCUUUGUAAGUUAGUUGAUUACGCACCAGUCGAGCGGCACCAGACCUGACUCGAUGAAUA